UAGUAUUAAUUUUUAUAAGUCCCCCGGGUAUGUUCUUAGGUGAGUUGUGACCCACUGACCCAGAUGUUGGUUGUUUGCCGCUGAAGGGUGACAGCCUGGGGCUGGGGGCGGAAACAGUCCCCUUCCCCUGUCCUUGCCGGCCGUCCCAUCGUUCUUGCCGGUGUCCGCAGCAUAUUCUAGCAUUGGCUUGUCUGAACGGCUCAAGCAAGGACUCCUGGGGCAGGGGUUCGACACCCUGUAGCUCCUCUCCUGGUAUCUUGUAGGUGCUCAAGGUGGUUUGAUGGGUAGAAUUAGUGUGGUUAGCUGCUCCUGCACCCCCCACCCCCACCCCACUCCCCAGGACUCUUGCCCCUAACUCAGGCUUUCGCAUUCCUGGCAAGGUCUCUCCCUGCCCCCCCUGGGGUCUGGAAGCAUUUGGAGGAUGCCGAUGGUUGAGGGAGCAGUCCCCCCCUGCUCUCAUCCUUGGCUGGCAAGUGUUCCUCGGCAACCACCCAGCCUGAUACCGGAUCGGAGUUCACAUGAUUCUGCCUCAGCUCGGAACAGGCAGCCUCCAGCUGGGAUUUUCUAGACCGAGCUGGGAGGUGUGGUCUGUGGGAAAUCUCCGGAGGGGAAGCGCGGGUCCUGGCUGCAGAGUGGCCUGCUGGGGGCCAUCCACCAGGCCCGGCAAGGUGGGUCCCGUCUCCUCCCCCGGGACUCUCCAGAGCCAGAGGAAGCCCGGCUAUUUGAGGUUUGAGGGCAGCGCUCAGCCGAGUAGACAGUCAGAGAAGAGCCAGAUUCCCCCUUUGCUGCCGCUCCCUGCCUGCUCUUCACCUGGCGUCCGAGACCAUCGCCUUCCUGGGGUCUGGAGGCUGAGAAGGCGGGGGAACAGCCCAGUUGUUUCCAAACUGAGGAUCGUGACUCAUUAGUGGGUCAGGAAAUCAAUUUAGUGUAGAAAUGAUCAGAGUGCGUCGCAAGUAGUGGGGGACUUCCCCGCCACCGAGGAGGCCCAGCCUUUGAACCGGCUUGAGCCACAUCCCGCAAGCAAGAUGGCGUCAGAGAGCCCGGCCCCUUCCCCGAGCCCAUGAGGGGCGAGGCCCCUUGAGGCCCGAAGAUGGGGAACGUCACUGAGAACUCGUCGCUGAGCUGUCCCAUCGACCACACCAUCCACCAGACCCUGGCCCCGGUGGUCUACGUGGCGGUGCUGGUGGUGGGCUUCCCGGCCAACUGCCUGUCCCUCUACUUCGGCUACCUGCAGAUCAAGGCCCGGAACGAGCUGGGCGUGUACCUGUGCAACCUGACGGUGGCCGACCUCUUCUACAUCUGCUCGCUCCCCUUCUGGCUGCAGUACGUGCUGCAGCACGACAACUGGUCGCACGGAGACCUGUCCUGCCAGCUGUGCGGCAUCCUCCUCUACGAGAACAUCUACAUCAGCGUGGGCUUCCUGUGCUGCAUCUCCAUCGACCGCUACCUGGCCGUGGCCCACCCCUUCCGCUUCCACCAGUUCCGCACCCUGAAGGCGGCCGUGGGCGUCAGCGCGCUCAUCUGGGCCAAGGAGCUGCUGACCAGCGUCUACUUCCUCAGGCACCAGGAGGUGGUGGAGGACGACAAGCGGCACCGCGUCUGCUUCGAGCACUACCCGCUGGAGCCGUGGCAGCGCGGCAUCAACUACUACCGCUUCCUGGUGGGCUUCCUCUUCCCGCUGUGCCUGCUGCUGGCCUCCUACCAGGGCAUCCUGCGGGCCGUGCGCCGCAGCCACGGCACCCAGAAGAGCCGCAAGGACCAGAUCCAGCGGCUCGUGUUCAGCACGGUGGUCAUCUUCCUGGCCUGCUUCCUGCCCUACCACACCCUGCUGCUGGUGCGCAGCCUCUGGGAGGCCAGCUGCCAGUUCGCCAGGGCCGUCUUCAACCCCUACCACUUCGCCCUGCUCCUCACCAGCUUCAACUGCGUGGCCGACCCCGUGCUGUACUGCUUCGUCAGCGAGUCCACCCACAGGGACCUGGGCCGCCUGCGCGGGGCCUGCCUGGCCUUCCUCACCUGCGCCAGGACCGGCCGGGCCAGGGAGGCCUACCCGUCGGGCACCCCCGACGCCUCGGGGAAGAGCGAUGAGCCCGAGUUGCUGACCAGGCUCCACUCGACCUUCCAGACCCCGAACUCGCCUGGAGCGGGCGGGACCCCCGCGGGCGGCUUGGCCUAGCCGGGGUCCCGCCGUGAGGGGCCAAGUGAGGCCUGAGCUUGCCGGCCGCCUGCCGCCCGCGUGGCCAAGCGCAGGUGGGAGCGAUGGGCCUGGGCCGCCGUGAGACCUCUCUGGUCCCGGCGGGGGUGGGGCGGGGGCCUCUCUGGUCCCGGGGGGCCUGCUCCAGCUUGCUGAGCCCAGUGGGGAUAAGCCCCCAUCAGCUGAUGGGAGUCGUCUGCGGCCGGCUUCUGGGGAGAGGAAGACAGUGAAUUGUCACCUCCAGGAAGUUCACAGAGACAGGCUGGAGGGCGGGAGGGUGCAGAGCGUGAGGGGGGGGGGGGAUUGGGAGAUGAGGGUGGGGAUCUGGGUUCACGCCUGCCAGGACCUUCCAGGGCCGUUGUCACCGAUGACACCUGUCCAAAUGCACGGGUGUUUCCUGAGGACAUGACACACGAAGCUGUAUUGUCAUCAACACUUGAGCCCCACCCCACAAAGGGGUCGGAAGGGAGAUGACCUCCCUGGAGGCCGGAGGGGAGAAGGGAGGUGGGGAGGCGGUCGGGCACUGGGAGCAUGUGGUGGGGGGACAGUGAAGGGCAUGUCUCACUUUCACAGGAAAGGUGAGUGGAUUCUACAAGCCCCAGGGCUGAUGGAAGACAAAUCCCAGGGCUCCCCGGGGCUCCCUGGGGCCAUGUCUGUGGCCCUUUUAAACAGCCAGUCCUGAAGCGCAGGGCCAGGACAGAGGCCUAAAGCCAGUGUGUCUAACCGAGUUCCCAACACACAGAGUUCUAAUUAUUUUUCUGAUUCCAUUUGCCCAGAAGCACCAGAGGCAGAUGCCAGGAACCCUAUGUGUUUGUGUGUGUGUGUGUGUGUGUGUGUGUGCGCGCGUGCACGUGCGUGCAAGCAUGCAUGUGUUCACCGUUAAAAUGCCAGGGUCUCCAUGACAGCUCUGUGCCAAGACACUGAGGCUAAGGUUAUAUGACUACUGGCAGAGUUGUCUCCCCCCACCGCCCCAGUCCCCACCUCAGCCCCCUGCCACAUGCCCUGUGGAGUGUCUUAGCAGUCUCAGAGAGGACCCUGACAUUCUCUCCGAGUUCUCAGAUACAACAAAACAAAACGGAGACUCAUUCUCUGGCAUCUCUCAGCCCAAAGGCCUGGGGUUAAGCUCCAUAAUGGUUUAAAUAGCCCCUGGGACAAGAAGAGGAGGUGGCCCCGGGCUCGCCCUGCCUCUUUUGUUCUCCAGCACUGCUCGUCUGCCAGACGUCUCACCUCACCACCUGGAGAGUGAUAGUGGGUCUGUAAGGCCAUAUGUAGACCAGGGUACUGCUCGCCAUCUUCUGUUCUGUCCUGGGAAGCUCAGUUACCAGUCUCAUCUCUCCUGCAAUUUUGUGCCCGACCAUGUUGAGCCUCCACCCUGCUGAACAUACCAAGGACCAGAAGAACUUCUUGCUGCUCCAAGGGUCUGCCCACCUUAACAGAAAUGCUAGUCCUUCAGAUUUCCUGGUCAGUGGGCUGGGGCCAACUCUGACUUCCAUUGGAGUUCUGGGAUUCAAGCUCCUCACUGCCAAGGGGCUAGGUGGACUCAAGCCUGGGGAGGGACCAGGGGCAGGGAGACACAAGCUGGCAUCCAUAGAACAUUUAUGGAAUCUGCUAAAAGGAGAGCCAAGGAGAACAUCCUCUAGAUCUCUCUGACUCUCCUCCCAUCCCUUUCCAAGAGGUGGAUUUACCCUGAGUCGCUUACUCUCCAAUCAGGGGUGCCCAGAGGCAGAUACCCCAGGUUGGAUGUGUCCCAGGGAAGUGGCUUUGGCUUUGACUGGAUAGCUCUACUCUAGCUCCUUAUGGAAGGCCUCCCAUAACCUGGGGAGCUUCUCUUCCCCUUCUUGGAGGAGGCAGUGACCAGAUCUGAAAGUGGCAGAAAGGCCACACUGCCAAGAAAAGUCCACCCGGCCCCAGCCCAGAAUCUUACUGGGGCAAUGGAACUGGUUGAGACCUCCAUGCCUCCUCAUGCCAAAUUUCCCCCUAUUUUGACCUUAAACAUGGGUGUUCCCACUAGGAGGAUGGACGGGGAUGAGCUGAGGGUGGUUCCUUUUACUAUCAAGAGUUGUAUUUUUGUACGGUCCUCCCUUUUAUGCCAAGUAUGUGUAUGCCGAACUGUGCAAUGGAUUUACGUAGCAAACUUGAGUCUGCAAAUAAAGCAAAGUAAAAAGCCA